UGCACCGCGAGCCAAUUCUGUCUACAAUCCAGCAAUCAGCAUUUGGGUUUGUCCAUCAUGGAAUCUUUAUGCGGUCAAGCUCCACCAAGACGCGCCACGAGAUCCGGUAUUAGCAACUGGAUUACUUUUCACAGCAAAUUAAUUAUCCCAUUGCUUGGAGAUAAAAAGAUCCGUGAUAAACUUGACGUUACCCACGGUACUCGGACAAUACAGCCUUAUGAGAAGCUGAGAAACAAGCCAUCAGGCAUACUAGCGGACCUGAAACCUCAUCAGAUAGAAGGUGUUUUAUUCUUGCAGUAUUUGAGAAGAAACAGCGCCCAUGGAAUUCUCGGGGACGAGAUGGGUCUGGGCAAAACACUACAAGUGUUAUCAUUUUUCCAGCAGCUAGUCAAUGUUGAAGUAAACGACAAGCAGCCGUUUCUCGUAGUGUGUCCUUUAAGUGUGCUAAGCUCGUGGAUGAGCGAGACAGCAAAAUGGACCAGGCUUCGAGCGAUUCAAUACUACGGUAGCCAGGAGAAGAGAAAACAGAUAGCCAAGGUGAUUUCACAGAAAGACAUCAAUGUAGUGAUUACGACGUACGAGACGCUCAUCUCGGAUUAUCAUCGGCUAAGCCGGCUGGGGAUAUGGAAAGCUAUUGUUCUCGAUGAAGGCCACAAAAUCCGUAACGACACCAAAAAAGGUUCCGUCGCACUAAGUCGUCUAAAAACCGAUCAGAGAAUCAUACUCACUGGAACGCCUAUUCAUAACAAUCUGGUGGAAACCUGCACAAUUAUAAAGUGGCUUUAUCCGGAUGUUUUUGGUGGCAAGGAAACAAGUUUGCUUUUCAAAGAAGCCUUUUCCAUCGGAGAAGGCAAGAUCGACCCGGAAUUUAUCCGCCAUGUUCGAGAAUUUCUAGAGGUCAUCAUGUUACGACGCACCAAGGACUCGGACAUCAAUCUUAAUUUGCCACCAAAAAAGGAAGUAGUGCUAUAUGCUCCAUUGACUGAGUUGCAGAGAAGCCUCUACCUAGGGGUUGUCUAUGGAAACGGCCGCACACCACUGAGAAUCUUCAACGCCAGUCCGCCUAGUACCCCUACUUCUGUGAAUGGGUUUGAUGGAGACACCCCGCCUAGCCGUAGUCCGGUACGAGUUACACUAAAUCCGCUCAUGGAGCUAAGGAAGAUCUGCACGCACCCAUUACUCUUAAACAGUUUUCAAGAAGAUGCCGACCUCGACGUGACAGCAAUGUCAUCCAAGUUUAUAAUCUUGCAAAAGCUCCUCCAGCAAGUCAUCUUGAAAGAACAGAAAAAGGUCCUUAUUUUUUCUGGAUUUGACAGAGGGCUAGACUGCUGCGAGCAACUGCUCGAAAAACUUGAAAUAAAAUUUCUACGGCUCGACGGCUCAACUUCUGCUGCAGUGAGGAAGUACAACAUUCACCUGUUCAACAAGAAUACCCGGUUCAAAGUCUUCCUAGUAGCUACUAAGGCUGGCGGCGAAGGUGUUACACUGACAGCUGCGGAAGUGGUUGUUUUCCUGGAUUUAGAUUGGAACCCGCAGGUCAUUCGUCAAGCUGAAGCCAGAGCACACCGAAUUGGUCAGACGCGGCCGGUCACUGUGUAUAAACUGUGCACACGAGGAACGGUCGAAGCUCAAAUGAUUUCACGGCUCAACAAAAAGCUCCAUCUCGAUGCAAAGGUGAACAAUCAGUUUGUUAAUCAUACAAGCCCUGUCCGCUCCAGCUUAGACGAACCUACUCUCACGGAUACCGAAGUCAUUCUCAAUUUGAUCCGCACGAGUAUCAAGUCUGUCGCCAUCGAGCAGAUGAAUGCUGAACAAAUGCUCCAUUGGAGUUUUGAGGAUAUUCUCGACUAUUGCAGCGUUACCGAACCUGCUGACAACGACGACUUGGCUUCUAAUAUGUUGAUGACACCUUCCAGUCCGCAACAAAGCUUUGAUGACGAAAAAAUGUGGCUUUCAAAAAGCGAGCGCAUUAAGACAGACUUCUUCCACGGAAUCAGAAUCCCCCGGUCGCCAACUACACCGAUCAGAGAGUUUCAUAUAGAAAUUAAGGGAAAGCGAACGAUCAAAACCAGAGUUGUCUUCAACAGGGAGCACGGAUACCAUGUUAGCAAAGAGUCCAUGCUUUGUGGAGAAUGGGAAGCAGUCCCUACCCUAGCAGGGAAAGAUCCAAGUCUAGCCGACUACAAAGCACCUCCGAAAAGGAAGUUCAUUCAUGAAAAGGUGAAUAUUUAG